GGGUCUAGUGGAAAGGGGAAAUGGAAAUUCUCGUCCUGUGGUUCACUCUACUACUCCUUAGCAUGACUGCAAACAUCUUUAUGAUAAUUUCAAUUUACAAAUCUGAGAAGCUAUGCAAGAAUGGCUGUACCAAACUCAUUAUGAGUUUCUUAUCUUCCUCCGCCUUUGCCUGUCUUUGCGGCUCUGUUUCUACAACAGCAAUGUUAGUUGAAAAUUCCAGAGACGAACAUUCAAAAUAUCCCGAUGAAGUGUGGAUUGUCCUUUUUGCCCUCAAUAGGGGAGCCGUAGCUGCGCACUUAUCAACAUCUUCAACCAUGGCUUUAAUAAGGAUGAUAUCAGUGGUGUGGCCUGUAAACUACAGAAGUCUGAACUGUUCUAGUGCCAUCUACUGUUUUAUUGUUGCCCCGUGGGUUUACUCUACAGUAAUGUUUGUUCUUCCUUUAUUCCAGGUUAUUGGAGUGCCAGAUCCUUCGACAUAUCGCUAUAAAAUAGCAGAAGGGGAGACAAAUUUGCAAAAGUCCUGGAGAAUAACCUAUAUCCUGGCUUAUAUCCUGAUUCCAUUCACUUUGAUAUACGCUUCGUAUAUGAUAGUCUUCUGCAAGGUUCAUGGACUGAAACGAGGAAAUGGAAGUGAUGGUAGCCAAGACCACGGGCUUAAUAACAGACCUCCUAUUUCCCAGUGGCAGGAAGUAGUGGCGAGGGCUGCUCUUGCAAAUAUCAUAGUGCAGACAGUCACUUAUUUUCCCAUGAUCAUAGGUAGCACUCUAUCACUAGGUACAUUAUUCUCUAGGAUCUGCCGGACAAUCUUCAUCUUGCAGUAUAUAUUUAACCCAGUGAGUUUCGUCAUGUUUUCUGAAGAUUAUCGUUGUGCCUGUAAGAAGGUGUUGAAGUGUUUUUUCCCACAAGAUAGCGCCCAAUCAGAUUUACUGACAGAGAUGCAGAAAAUGCCCACAAAAGUGUAA